AUGAACCUGAUGACGCAGCUCCAGCGUCGCGAUACGGAGGUGAAGGGCCUACAGGACGAGCUUAAGGAGACGCAACGGCUGUUGAAAGUGGCAAGCGAGGACGCCAACGCAGCGUUGGCUGUAGCGGAACAGGAAAAGGAGGGCGAGCACUCUCGUUACAUUCAGGAGCUGAAGAGGCACGUGGACAAGCAGCGAGAAGCGGCGACGGUCCGAUGCCAGUUGGAAGACCGGAUUGAAGCUCUGAAGUCGCAGCUGGAGGAUCUGAAAGUGCAGGACGCAGCGAAGGAUAGAGCAAACAAGGAAUUAUCCAAGAAGCUGAAGGAUGCACACAUUGGCGACAUGAUCUGUUCGCCUUGUUCGGAGCUUCAACCGACGUCGAGGCCAGCAGACUCGACGCUUUCGCACGUUCAUUUCCCUUUCGCCGUGCUAAUGCGUGUCUUGUGUUGGGCCUGGUCGUGGGUGGGGCCGGCAGAGAUCGAGCGGCUGCAGCGCGCGGAGAAGGAGGCGAGGGUGGCACGGGGCGUGCCGGUGGAGCUGGAGGAGGCGAAGAGAGCUUUGGAGGAAGCGGAGUUCAAGAAUCGCGACUUCGCCAAUUUCCUCAAAACUGCUGAGGCUAACGCUGCUCGUUUCAAGGAGCAGGUGGGUUGCGGAAGGCUGGCUUUGGCGACUCAUCUGACCGUGAAACUCCAAGAAGAGCGUCGGGAGCGGGAGAAGCUGGAGGCGCAAAUGGAACAGCUGGCGGCCGGAUCCGGCAGCUCGGAGCAACUGACGGCAGCAGCGCGUAAAGAGAACGACGAGCUUAAAGCCAGGAUUUCUCUGGCGGAGCAGCGUAUGGCGGACGCUGAGCGGCUGGAGAAGGAGUUCAAGGCGAUGACGGGGGAGCGCGCGGACCUGGAGCUGCAGGCGGAGAUGGCGCGCAUGGAGAAGGAGAGCGCGGAGAAGCGCGCGGCCGAGGCGGAAGGGAAGGUGAAAGCGGCAGAGGAUGAGGGGAGACGCGCAGUGUGUGUGCUGGAGGAGAAGAUGAAAGGGAUGCAGCGAGAGAAGGAGCAGCUGCAGGAGGAGCUGCAGGCGGCGGUAAAAGGGAGAGACGCGGAGAAGGGGGAGUUGGCGGAGAGGAUUGCGCGCCUGGAGGCGAAACUUGCGGAGAUGAAGCGCGAGGCGGGAAGACUGCAGGAGGCUGCGAAGGAGGCGGCGAGGCCGAAGGCGGUGGAGAUGGAGGGGCUGCAGGGGGAGCUGGAUGCGGCUGCUGCUGCGCUGGCGGAGGUGAAGCUGAAGUGCGGGGAGGCGGAAGAGGCUGUGCGCGCGGAAAAGGAGCGAAGGCAUGCGGAGGUGGCGGCUGCGGUUGGUUCCGCGGAGAGGAGAUGCGCGGAGUUCGAGGAGAGGGUGGGAGAACUGCUGAAGGCUGUUGAGACGUUGGAGAGAGAGAAGGCGGAGCUGAUCGGGAAGGUGGAGCUUGGUGAGGAGGAGUGCAGACGGGUGUUAAAGCAGGGCCAUGAGGCCGAGUUGAAGGUGGGACGGCUUGAGAAGGAGUUGAGGGGGGUGGAGGCGGAAAGGGAGAAGAUGGGGAGCGAGCUGGGUGUUGUGCGCGCGGCUCUAGAGGAUGCGGAGCGGCGCAUGGAGGCGCAGGCGGAGGAGGCGCGCGCGCAGCUGCGCCAGUCGUACGAGGCGACCAAGGAGGAGGCGCGGAAGACGGGCGCGGAGAUCGAGGUGCUGCGGCGGGAGGUGGAGUCGCGCGCGAGCGAGGUGGCGGAGUUGGUGCGGAGGACGGAAGCGGCGGAGGCUGCGGCGGCCAAGGAGGCGGAACGGCGGUUGGCGGAGAGUGCGCGCGCGAAGCUGGAGGGCAGAUGCCGGGAGGCGGAAGAGCGCGUGGUGCAGCUGCAAGGGGUUGUAGCUGGGGAGGAGGGCGAGAUUGCGGGACUUCUGGAGCGAGCGACGGCAGCUGAAGCGGCCGGAAAGAAGGCAGAGAGCGGGCUUUGGGCGAUGGAGGCGGCAAAGGAGAAGGCGGAGACUGAGCUCGAGCGAGUGACGGCGGAAUGCGAGAGACUGGCGCAAGAGAUGGGGAUCCUGCGCGAGGUGGUGGAGGAUGUUGAAGGGCGCGUGGAGCGCGAGGCGAGGGAGGCCGCUGGGCUUCUGGCGAAGCUGAGUAUUGCGGAGAAGGAGGUCGACGGGCUGACGAGGGAAGUCGAGGAGGAGAGGGCGAGGGCGGAGAAUGCUGUGAGGGAGAAGGCGGAGGCGUGCGCGGAGGUGGAGGAGGGGAGGGGGAAGAUUGCUGCGCUGGAGCGUGUGGUGGAGGAGGUGCGAGAGGCGCUUGCUUUUGCGACGGCGGAUGCGGAGACGGAGAGGGCAGGAAAGGACGAGGCGGAGGCGGAGGUUGGGCGCAUCCAGCGGGAGAUGGCGCGGGAGAGGGAGGAGAUGGAGGGGAAGGUGGCGGAGCUACAGGCGCAGGUGGAUAAGCUGGCUGGUGACGUGGAUGCGGCGGGAGAUGAGCGGCAGGCGAUGCAGGCGAGGAUUGACGAGCUGCUGCGCGACGUUUCGCAGCUGUCGCACGACAAGGCUCGCAUGGAGGCGGAGCUGAGCGAGGUUCACGCGGCAGUUGCUGAGAAGGAUGCGGCUGUGGCUCGCGCGGAGGAGCGGCUGGCGGAGAUUGCGCAGGAGGCGGAAGGACUGCAGGGGCAGUUGCGGAACGCGGAGGCGGACGCGGAGAAGGCGGGGAGGACGGCAGAGGAGGAGAAGACGGGGCGGAAGGAGGCGGAAGCGAAGCUGGCUGAGUUGGAGGAGAGGGAGCAGCGGUUGGUGGGGAAAUACGAGGAGGAGAUCGAAGUGCUUCAAGAGAGGGUCGCGGAGUUGAAGCGGGAGCUGUCAGUGGAGCAGCAGCGCCGGCACGAAGAGGCGGAGCAACUGGCGGAACAGCUGGAGGAAGCGCGGGCGGCGCUGGAAGGCGCGCGCGCGGAGGAGAAGCGCGCGAGGGAGGAGGCGGACCGGCUGAGCGGGGAGCUGGCAGCUGCGGCGCUCGCGGCUGGUGCUGCGCAGCGGGAGGUUCAGGCGGAGAAGUCUGCGCGCGAGCUGGUGGAAGAGAAGGUUGCAGAGAUGGAAAAGGAGAGAGAUGUGAUGAUACGAGAUCACGAGGAUUUGGUGGUGGCCCUGAGGCGGGAGAUAGAGAGCGAGCGUGAGGAGACGGCGAGGGAGAAGGCGUGGAGGCGGAGCGAGGUGGAGGAGGUGAAGGGGGAGAUGGGGUCGGUGAUGGCGGGGCUUGAAGGUAAAGUGGCGGAGAUGGAAGCGCGGGAGGGGAGGAUGGAGGAGGAGGCACGGAAGAAACAGUCAGAGGUGGAGGCGUUGGAAAAGCGGGUGAAGGAGAUGGAAUGGGAGAUGUGGAGGCGGAACGAGGAGCAGCGGCAGGGGCUGAUGGCGGCGGUACAGAGAGGAGUGGAGAGUGGGCGCGUGGGGGAUGCACUGGUGGAGGAGGUGAGGGAGCUGCUGGUGAGGCUGGAGCAGGAGGGGGUGCGCGCGCAGCAGGUGGCGCAGAUGCAGGAGCGGAUGAAGGAGCUGGAGGCCAGGCUGGCAGACGCAGAUGAGCAGGUGAGGCUCUCUUCCUCUCUUUCUCCUAACCCGUUAUCCACGGUUUUCCUUGUUCUGAGGACUGUUUGGAUUUUCCUUCUGCUUUUUGCAGUUCUGAUUCAUGACUUUUGUCUGUGUUUCUGUGUGACUCUGACUGUGCAUGUGCAGCUUGCUGAGCUGGCGGACAAGGAGGAACAGCUGUCGGCGUCUGAGUGGACCAUUGAGCGCAUGGGCGAGGAGCUGAAGCGCGCCAAGGAGGGCACGGAAUCGCGCAAGGCGCAGGUGUCUCAGCUGCAGCAUCAGCUGCUGUGCGCGUCUGCAACCCUGCAGGAGCGAGAGAAGGACCUGGACGCGCUCAGGCGCAUGCUGGAGGAGUCCCAAGGCAAGCGCUGGCGGCGGGCGCGGCAGAUCAAGCGCAUGGAGUGCGAGCUGGCUGCGCUCAGGGAGGAGCUCGGGCGGGAGAGGAAGAGGCGGCGGCCGGAAGGGAGCGGGGGAGAGGGCGGGGACGAGGAGCGUGAGGAGAGCCCAGAGCGGUUGGCUUCUGGGCCGGCGGCCGUAGUUGGAGCGGUGCGGUCUGAGCGUGAGCAGGAGGGAAGCGGGACGCCUGGUCUUAUCUUGGCGCCGAAUCCUGGACAAAGUGGGCUGUAUGCAAGAAGGUUUAGGAGCCGGGUGGCUGCUAUGGCCGCUGAGGGCAGGGACGGGGGUGUGGAGAAGGGUGAGAAGAAUGACAGUGAGGGUGGGAAGGUGGGGGGAGGUGGAGUGGUGGGGGUGUUUGAGUUCAAGUCUCCUGCUGCUGCUCGUGCUGCUGCUUCUCCUGACCUUUUCGCUCGUGGUGUUGCUGCUCAUGCUGCUGCCGUUGCUGGUGCAGCAGCUGCUGCUACACCUGCUCGGCUCGCAAUAGAAGGUGGUCUCAGUAUGGUGGUGAUGGCUGGAGUUGAUGGGGAAGAAGAGGAUGAAGAGGAAGCACCCAAGGCACUGAAUUUUGACCUGGUGGAGAAGGAAGAGGAGACAGGCGCAGGUGUGGUGGAUGGUGAGAAGGAGGAACUCCUGGAGGCAGAUCAGGGCGAGAAGGGCACGACGGAAGCUGUGGUUGCAGAAGAAGAGUCGGUGGAAGAGGAGCUUGUGGCCUUAAGGUCUCGCUUUGAGCAGGAGGAGGAGGUUUCCCUGCUCCAGAAGCAGCUGGGCGAGGCUGAGAAGAAGCACGGAGAGGCAGAGGAGGAAGCAGCACAGGCGAGCGUGAAGCUAGCGGUGCUGCAGAAGGAGCUUGCUGCUGCUGAAGCAAUGGGAGGAGUGGUGAAGGCGCUUCAGGAGGAGGCCGCACAGGCGAAGUUGAAGCUGACGGUGCUGGAGAAGGAGCUCGCUGCUGCUGAAGCGGCGGUUAUGCACGAGAGGAGGGCUGCUGCUGCUGUGAGGGUGGAUUUGUCUGCUGUGACAAGCGAGCGCGAUGGUUUACAGCAGAAGGUGGUGAUCUUGGAGCAGCAGGAGCGGGCAAUUGUGGAGGAAACGGGACCUGUGCAGGGGAGGGAGAUGCGGAAUGAGAUUGAUGCGAUGAAAUCUGAGGUCGCUGCUAUGGUGAGUGAGAGAGACAGGCUACUUGAGAAGGUAGUGGAGUUAGAGAAGCAGGUGCAGGCUGCUGUUGAGGAGAAAUGUGGACUGGAGGAGAGGCUGUUGGAGGGAGAUGCUGAGAGGCAGCGACUAGUGGCAGCUGUGCAGCAGAAGAGUGGGGAGAUUGAACGGCUGGAGGUGAUGGUUGCGGAGAUGGGGAAGAGAGAGGAAUCGCAGCACAUGGGGAUGGACGUUACUGGUGGUGAGGGGAUGGGAGAGUGCACGCAGGCGGCAGAGGCAGGGAGUGGGGAUGAGGAGGCAGUGGGCAGUGGCGUAGAGGCUGGAGAGCAGGGGUUUGAAGGGGAAGUGAGUAGGCUGCAGGCGCUGGUGGGGGAGAUGAAGGUGAGGGAGGAAGCAGCAAAGAAGGUGGCAGCAGAGAAGGCUGCUCUGGCCCAGCGGCUGGAGGGGAAACUGAGGAAGGUGGAAGGGGAGUUAAAGGAGAGGGAAGGGAAAGAGGCGCUGCUGAAGCGGCAGUGCAAGAACGCAGAAGGAGAGCUGGAAGCUGUGAGGGAGGAGGUGAAGGCUGCAGUGCAGGCGAGGCAGGGGAUUGAGGCACAGGUGAGGGGUAUGGUGGAGGAGGCUGCAGGGCUGAAGCGGGCGGCUGAUGAGGCGGAGAAGGGGCGUCUGGAAGCAGAAGCGAAGCUGGCAGGUGCUGACGGGCAGCUAAAGAGGCUUGAGGCGGAGUUGGAGGUGGUCCGGGCAGCAAAUGCAACUCUGGAGGGUGAAAAGGGAGAACUGGUGUUGCAGCUGGAAGCUGAAGUGGAGCAGUUGAAGGAGAAGGUUGCUGAGUAUGAAAGGCAAGCGGAGGAGGCGCAGAGGGGUGCGGCAGCUGCAGCGGAGUGGGUUGAGCAGGAGCUGAAGGUGAGUGCAAGCCGGGUGAGUCAGUUAGAGAAGGAGGUGGAGAGGCGGAAGCAGGGGGAGAAGGAGCUGAGGAAGGAGAUUCAGAGGCUGGAAGGAGAGAGGGAUCUGAGCAAGAAGCUGCUUGCUGCAAAGGAGAUUGGCGAGGGGAUCACGGCAAGAGGGGAGGGGAAUCGUUCCAUGGGGGCGAGCAACAGGGCUACUGGGGGUGGGGGGGUGUUUCCAAAGGUUGUGAACGAGGCUGGUGCGGAGGAAGGGGGGGUGGGUGCUGGGCGAUCUGCACUGAGGUCCCGGGCAGGAGGGAAUGGGGCAGGGGUGGAGGCGACUGGUGGGAAAGGGAAUGUGAACCAGAAAAUUGCUGUUCUAUCUGCCGCCUUCCGUGUUGCCAGCCCCACCAAACCUGUGAAGCCGCAGAGGCUUGCUAAGGUGCCUGGGUUGGAAGGGAUUGUUGCGGUGGACAAGGAGAACGAGGGAGUGUAG